AUGAUUCCGAAUUAUAAUAUGCUAAUGUAGUUAUUACUAUUAAACAAAGGAAAAAAUUAUAUUUUAUCCAAAUUAUAUACAUAUUACUUCUUAAGAUAUGAUUCAAUAUUACUUGAAUAUAUUAAUGUACAUGAAAUAAAAUCAAUUUUAGAUGAAAUAAACAAAAAAAAUGUAAAAGUUGGCCAAAAAAAAAAUAAUUUUGAUAUCCCAUACGCAGUUAGUUGUGGAUUUUAUUUAUUAUGUCUAUUUUAUUGUUUUAAUAAUGCAAAAUUUGAGUUAUGA